AUGGUUUCAUUUACCCUUAGUCUGUGUGGCAAGGAUUUUGAAUGCUCCGAGAGCACCAGUGUUGCCGACGACGACAUCACCGAUCCUGAUAUCGCCGUGUCCUUGCAGAUCCUUCUCUCGUUCAUCCUUCCAUCAGUAGCAGCGAUAAUUGCCUUCUUGUUGGCAUGGAUCAAGAUUCGCAUUCCGCAACAACAAUACAACUGUAUCGAUGAUAUGGCCUUGCCUUGGUUCAAGCGCGGACCGUCACGGUCUGGAUCCGCAUGGACUGCAACAUCUGAAGUCUCCGGUUAUCAAGGCUUCAUUCUCCUGGUCAACGAUCAGAUGCUCUUGACUGGAUUCGGAUUAAUCAUCGCCAUCUAUUCCCAGAUCUGUUCGAUAUCGAUGUUCUCAUUUCAUGCUGCUUGCGACCUGGCUUACUUGUGCUGUACUGUGCACCUGGCAACACUGACAGUUCUAAGACUUCCUUUCAAGGAGAGCACGAAGGCUCAGAGAAAUUUACGGGUAUCGCUAAUGAUUCUGGGCCUUACUGGCAUUUUAGUCUGCAAAUAUCUGCAGUACAGUACAUGGGAGUAUGACAACGCUUCACUUGCAGCCUGCGACAUCUCUUGGCCACGGACUGGCUCAGACUUUGAAUACCUGUGGGAUUGGUUUUGCCUCGUGUUGACACUGAGCGUCAACUACUAUCAAUCCAUUGUCACCGAUGUGGCUCCCCGGCUGCCCUCCGGUUCUGAUGCUCGUCGGAAAGCAAUCAGCUCAUGGGUUCUGGUGGUUUUGGAAAAGCUGCAUGGAUAUCCAGGAGCCCAAAACGAUAUUGAAAAGUCCCUGGAGGAAAUGCAAGAAAAGAAUCAAGCGAGUUCCCUCAAACGGUUUACUUCCCUCACCACAACCAUCAACAAGAGGAGGUCAGGCCAAAUUUCAGCAGCAAGACUCCUAUGGGCGGUUUUUGCCAAUGUUGGCUUUGAUGUGGUCAUCGAGCUGCAGAACUCCAUUAUUUACGAUCUUUUCCUCUGUACAUUUUGGUUUGCUUUAGCGAUCACUGACCUUAUCACCUCGCUUACUCACGGAGGCGCCGAUAUUACGCCACUUCUGGAUUGGAAAUUUGGCCAGGUCCUGCCAGUCAUUCUUCUCGUCAGCUAUGCUCUAACCGCUCUGGGUAUCAAGUCUUCGUCACGCACUCGUCGAAGACAAUCGACUUCAGUGGGUUCCUCACUGAACACGGCAUCGCCAGAGAAUCUCUCACAUAGCGAUUCAGGCAGUUUAGACUCAGAGGUUGAUUUGGGCACCGGUCCAGGGCUGCCCAUGCGGUCUUUCACAAACACGGGCUUCUCGUCCCAAAAUGAGGACCCGCGUUCUCGUCCUACACGGCGUGUCAACACCGUAGAAUUAGAGCGAGCUAUAGUACCUGAGAGGGCUAAGAAGAAACCCAGACAAAAGCAGAGGUCUAUUCUGGAUGUCAAGGAUUACAUCACCCAACCCAUUGACCUAAUUGACUUCUCUAGAAGAGAAGCCCAGGGCUACAUCGGUGUCGUUGUCGUAGCUGCCUUCCUCUUUCUUGUUGGUUUCUUGGUUCAGAUGUACUUUUUUUUUCGAGAGACUGUGACGGCACUUACAGGUCUUUACAUAUUUCUAUUCUUCCACCGCGUGGUGAGAGGUAGCCGAGCUAUCAGACGGAUCAAGAUGGAACGGUUGAGAAGGGAGCAUGCUAUCUUGCAUAGACAGCAGCCUACUCAAACCUUGGGAUCGCAAUCCUCUGCCUCGGGAACGACGGGUAGCAAUGGGACGUCUUUAAGGGAAGAGAACCAUCACUUCAACUGGCAAAGCGACGAACGGUCGGGGGCCGUCAAUCCUUGGAUGCAUUUGAACGUCAGUGGAUAG